AUGACGCCCUGCACAAACCCUGUCCGCCGCGGCCCAGCGCUCAAGCUUGACAUCAGGACGGCUCUCAGGGAGUCCCACAGCUUCGCCGCCUGCAAGCCGCAUCUGGUGAAAGUAUACAAGACUCCAAUCAUGUCUCUCGAGUCCGCAAAGAGAGAAUUACCAAAGCACGCUAUUCAGGAGCAUUCACCUCCGGGCUUGGCAAAGGUAUGCAAGUCACGGGAUGAUUUGCAGCAUUCUGGAGACGCCGGGCAUCACGAUUAUCUUCAUUGGGCGCUGCACCAUCCAGGUAAGAGACCGCGACAUAGAUUUGAGCUUUGCGGUUGUGAGAAUGCCAUUUACGAAAUCAGUUCAGACGAGUCGGAACCUCUGACCGAAGAGGAGCUUGCUCAGAGACGGUACAGUACUCAACAGGCUCGCGCGGACCUGGAAGAUUGUGUAAGUCCACUCACUGCAGAUAUUCGAACUGAUGAAGAAGUGGAGGGAAACCUUGUGGAAACUAUGGACGUAAGCAUAGGUCUUGAUCUCACGCACGGGUUCAUAGACCUGCACAACGCUGCGUAUAUAACCGGGGAUAGGCAACAAUUCGAGGCCUACGAUGGCACAACCGACGAGUCAAGGACUAUUUAUCCGUCCAUAACCUUCGAUUCCGACGUCUCAUCUUCCAUCCGUCCGAACUUGAGAGACGGUCCAAAUCAUGGGCGACGUUUGAAUCCAGGCGCCUCCGGCUUCCAGAUGCCCAGCAACUCAACUGACCGCAAUCGAAACGCCUCUCUCCGAGGCGGAGGAUGGAAUGACAGUGAUUCUGAGACGGCCUUGUCUUCAUCGUGGCGAAGAAUGAUACCGGUACCAUUUUGGAAAUGUUGGGUUAUGUGGAUUAUACUUUACUGGUUUCUGGUGGUCUUUAUUGCUUUGAUGAUACUGGCUUCUGUUUUUCUGAGUGAGGGCAUGCUCCACUUGGGAAAGGCUCGUCCAUGCACUCCGGGGCAGGGUGAGGGUGAGCUUUGA